CGAUUCUCGAACUUGCCUCUGUGCGUUUCUUGUACGAAGGUAUCCUGUGAGAAAAUCAACCAUGCCACCAAAGGCUAGCGGCAAGGCGGUGAAAAAAGCCGGGAAGGCUCAGAAGAACAUCAGUAAGACUGAUAAGAAGAAGAAGCGGAAGAGGAAGGAGAGCUACGCGAUCUACAUUUACAAGGUGUUGAAGCAGGUUCAUCCCGACACCGGAAUCUCCAGCAAGGCUAUGAGCAUCAUGAAUAGCUUUGUUAAUGAUGUGUUCGAGCGCAUUGCGGCCGAGGCGUCACGACUGGCUCACUACAACAAGCGCUCCACGAUCACAUCUCGGGAGAUUCAGACUGCCGUAAGGCUUCUCCUGCCCGGCGAGUUGGCCAAGCACGCUGUUAGUGAAGGAACGAAGGCGGUUACCAAAUAUACAAGUUCCAAGUGAAUUGCUAUCACAGAAACGGCCCUUUUCAGGGCCACCCAAUAUUUUAUAAUGUUGGACAUUCUCUUAUGUUUACUUAAUUUUCCUCUUCCACAAUUUUUCAUUUAUUUGAUUUAUGAAAUAACUUGUACUAUUAUUAAAUUAUAAAUAUCGAU